UAGUCUAUACCACUAAUGUAGGCUUUUCGACAUCAAAAGUAAUCAUUAGAGAUAUUAACUCACAAAACAUCCUGCUGAAGAUCUGCAUGUAACUUAGGAAAUGUAAUAAUCCAUUUUAACAUUUUGUCAUCAUCAAAGCAUAUUCAUUAAAAGACAGCUCAAGAGAAUUGUUGUUGACAUGUCGUUGUUUUUCCUUUCAAUGAUUUGUUACUAUAUUCACGAGCCAUAGCUCACGCUAGAAAGGUUUCAAGGCGUGUCUGUUACCAUGGUGACGCGUCACUAUGCAACACCGCACGGUAGCAUGAUUAUGGAUAUGUUUGUUUCAGAACAAAGAAGAAAAUUAGCAUUGUAGCAUUAAACUUUAUAUACAAGCCUGUUUUCUCUCCAGACCAAUUAAAUUUUUCGGACAGCCACACUGGCAGAGAGUUAAACGAAGAUUUCUACGUCUCCUGCUGGCGAACUAAAUGUUCAUGCAGGAAGUAGGAGGCGUUUUACCCUACACCUCUGACGAUUAACAUGUUUUUUUGACUUUGUCUGCGAGGUCAUAUUUUUCAGACCUCAUCAUGCCAGAAAAUAAAAACUGUAAACCCUUUCAGUCACCCGGGAUUUCUGACCACAGAAGGAAGAAAAAGAAGAGAAAGAAAAUCUCUCCUGCACCAGAAAAGAAAGAGAAACCUCUGGAUGUAUCUUUGCCUCCUGAGACCUUGCCUGUAUCCCUGAUGCCCCCUCAAGACAAAGGUCAGACCCAAGGCCAGCUUCCUAAACCUGGAGCUGCCAGUAAAAAGAAACGAGAACAACACAAAGGUAGAAGCCAGAAGAGCCAAAAACAGUGCAAGGAUUUGCAGACCCCUCUCACAGCCACACAUAAAUCCAUUGACAUUGGAGCUCUGGCAGAUCUGGCAGAGCUCAGCAUCCAAACCAGGAAGAGCCUGAGGUGGGAAGGAGUACUGCAGGACCCCCAGGAGGAGGCGAAGAGGCUGGAACAGUACAGGACUAACAGGCGACAACGUUACAUCACACGCAGAGAGAGACUGUUAAAAGAAACCCAGCACACAUUGAAACAGACUGUUCUUAAAGAGAGCAGACUCUGACAAACAAGUGCCUGUAUUAUUACUGCAUCUGAGCAUAGGCUGAAUUAAAGAAGCAAAUUAGA